AGUGUGUGUGUGUGUGAUAGAAAGAGAAAGAAAGAGGGACAGAGAGAAAGAAGAAAAAUGCAUUUCUUGAAAAAUAUUUCAAUUCUUGUGAUAAAAUUAAUAGUGCUGUGUCUAAUUUCCAAUGUCACCGGAAAUUUAUUGUAUGAUAAAAAAAUUGAUAGAAUUUCAAAUAAUGCAAACAUACAAUUAAUAUUCAAUAGUUUAGAUUCGAGGAAUUAUUUGGAAAAUUAUUCGAAAUUCGUAUUUAAUAAUUGUACGAAAGAUCUUUUAUCAUUAUCUCAAGAAAUAGAACGCAUGACCCCAUGGGCAUUAAAUAUGAUUGAUGCAUCAACGAAAAUUCCCGCUGGUUUAUUUGAAGGGAAUGCUGUCGAUUUGGGAAUGUACGAUGAAUGCAUUAAAGUUCGUGGUAAUUCUAGUCGAAAUAUUAUUAUCACAGGAAGACAUUGUAUUUAUAAAUUAAAUUUUGUAAUACACGAUGUUGUACUUGAUUUAAAACCAACGUUUGGCAUGUGUUUACCUUCAACAUGUGAUGUGGAUGAUGUUGUGAAUAUAAUUGACGGAAUAAAUAAAUUCUUACAUAAAAAAGGACUCAAUGAAUCGACUAAUAUUGAAACAGAAAUGGUGACAUGCUCUCAUUUAAAAAAAGAAGCACUUUCCACGGGAAGUAUUAUAUUUUUAACAGUAUUGUCAAUAAUUCUACUCUUUCUAUUGAUCUGCACAAUUUUAAAAUUAAUGCACAAUUGGCUGGAGGCGAAAAAUUACAAUUUGAAUAUCAUUAAACAUUUAUCACAAUUUUCAUUGAUAAAUAGUUCAUUAAGAAUUUUAAGUUUAAAGAAACAAAACAACACAAUUUCCUCGAUUCAUGGAAUACGAGCUUUAAGUAUAUUAUGGAUUGUUUAUGGACACGAACUUUUUUUUAGCGUUAUGACGUCAUUUGUCAAUUCACUUGAUUUUAUGAAUUGGGCGCAAUCAUGGAGAAGCGUUUAUCUUGCAUUGGCAAUUUAUGCUGUGGAUACUUUUUUUCUGCUCAGCGGUUUUUUGCUCUCGUAUCUUUUUUUGAAGAAAAUGGCUCAUUGUAAAACAUUCAACAUAUUCGAGUUUUAUUUCCACAGAUAUAUCAGGUUAACUCCAGCGUUGGCUGCCCUUGUUCUAAUAACGAUUUUCAUUGUUCCCCAUCUUGGUUCGGGUCCAAGAUGGGAGGGCGACAUUAUUGCCAAUGUUUCGACAAAAUGUGAAAAUUCCUGGUGGAAAAUUCUUCUCUAUGUGCAAAAUUACGCCGGAGAAACGCCUGCGGAAAAUCUAUUCUGUUUGGGUCACUUAUGGUACCUGUCAGUUGACAUGCAACUCUUUUGGCUUUCGCCAUUUAUUAUUUAUCCACUUGCGAGAAAGCCAAUAAUUGGAUUAAUCCUUUUGGGAUUGGCAUUUGUUGCCUCGAUUGCCACGCCGGCGAUAAUUGUCGCAAAAUACGAAUUACUCUUCAGUACUCUCAAUUUUAGUCUAUUGGAAAAAAUGUCGGACACUGCGAAUAAAUAUUACGUAGUGACACAUUGUCGAGCAAGUCCAUGGCUUGUGGGAAUAUUUGUUGGUUAUAUUAUGGCAACUAAAAAAUCAAAACCAAAAAGGAAAAUUGUUAUUUUCGGAUGGUCAGUGGCAAUAAUUUGCUUCAUUUUUUGCACAUGGGGUCAUUUGGCAACAUUGAGACCUGGUUAUGUGUACAAUGUGACUUUAGAGACAGUUUUUGCGUCGAUGGGACAUUUUAUUUGGGCCUCAGGCGUUGCUUGGAUAAUUUACGCUUGUCAUCAUGGAGCGGGAGGCUUUAUUGAUAAAUUUCUCUCGAUGUCUAUUUUUCUUCCAAUAAGCAAAAUUUCUUACAGUCUAUAUUUAUUGCAUUAUUUAUUUCAAAAUUUAAAAUCAGGAAGUGCAAGAAUAUCCGGCUACUUCUCAGAUUUUGGAAUCUUUCAGUCAUUUUUGGGAGAUUUAUUUUUCUGCUUAACAUUGUCAUUUGUUUUCUGUGUAAUUUUUGAGUCGCCAAUUUUAAUUUUGGAAAAAAUGGUUUUUGGAAAAAGAACAAAAAAUCCUGAGGCUGAACAACAACAACAGCAACAACAACAAAUACCCGAAGUAAAAAUAACUGAAUACGGGGAGACACUGGAAAAAAAUGAAAAUGGACAAACUACAAUUGAUCCUGAGACAAAUGAGCCAACAACAACAUUGUGAUUGUAAAAGUCGUUUGUUUCUGUUUUAUUAAAAAAAAUAUAUCCAGAAAAGCAAAAAAAGUCAAAUUUAU